AUGGCAGACGCAGAAUGGGAAAGGUUCAAGGCGGAGAUCGAGCGUCUUUACAUUCUGGAAAACAAAACCCUUCCUCAGGUCAUGAAUGCUAUGGAAUCCAUGUAUGGCUUCGAGAGAUCAAAACAACAGUAUCAACGGCGCCUCAAGAAAUGGGGGCUGAAAAAGUACGAACUACGAGCAGCAGACUGGAAGGCCAUUGGGAGACGAGUCGAGAAGAGAAAAAGAGAAGAUGGCAAGGAAAGCGAGGUCUUCUUUGACGGCAUCCAGCAUCCACCCGAGAAGGUCAGGAAAGUGAGUUACAAACAGGCUUUUGUGUCCAUAAGAGACCAAUUCCUUGGUGGCCCUUCCCCAUAUACCCCUGAAGGGGUCGUGGUUUGUACCCCAGCAUCACCAGGCAUGCGUCUUGAGUGGGAUGCAUCUCUCCCUUGGCUACGAUUCUCCAAACUACUACAAACAGCACAGGGCCAAGAUAACGUAUCGUUCAGCCUCGCAGCCUCACCCCGGAGCGCCGAGGUUUCAUCCCACAAGGAGAACCUGGAUUUAAUGCAAAUACUUGGCUCAAUCGUGCCCUGGCACAAGCUCAGCCAACCUCCGAAUAUAAAAAGUAGCUCCCGAAUAGCCACGGCUCUCAGCAUACUGAUGCCAGAAGACUUUGAAGGCCAGCAUCACACUCUUUCUGAACGGCUGUGCGACAUCAAUCAAACAGGCAUGGAUCGGCUGCAUCUGGAGCUGUUUCUUCUAUCGAACAAUCUUGCAUCGCAAGUCUCAAGUGAGCUAUCCUACGCAACCAUGAAUUCAAAUGACAAGCGCAUUAUGCAAAUGUUCAAAAGGACUGGUUGGACCAGCCUGAAGCGUCUGCAGAUCCUCCUAUCAACGCCAGAGCCAACAUCUGGCGCCAUAGCUGAGCAGAUCUUUGCAAGUGCAUUGAGAUUGGUCGACCUGGACACUGUGGAGACGAUGCUCAGGGCCGGCAUGGAUCCGAAUAAUCCGAUUGAGACCGUCCGCCACGGGGCGCUUACGCCCCUGCAAUUUUCCGCGUCAAUUGCGUGGGAAGGCAUAAACCUUAUGGACCUACUUCUAUCUCAUGACGUUGAUGUGAACUUGUCCUACAAUGGGUAUUCCGCCCUCCACUAUGCCAUCCGAAGCGAAAAUGAAGAGGCAAUGCGAGCACUUCUGUCCCAUGGUGCUGUUGUUUCGCCGACGUGUCUUCGUGAUGCUGCCAUAUAUGACAUCAGCAUUGAGAUCUUCAGGGACUUUGUUGAUGCGUGCGAGGACGACAUCGAACUAACGGGGUGGGAGGAUAUCCUUGCCGAAGCUGUGAAGUCCCGAAACGUUGCAAUGAUAAACAUUUUGCUUGCUAAAGGUGCUAAUGUCAAUUUCCUGGUGGAUGUUAGAUUUGAUGACCACUGGGAAACAACCACUGUUCUAGGCCUUGGCGUCACGUCAAAAAAGGUUGAAAUCAUAGAGCCUCUAUUGCGCGCUUGUGUUAAUGUCAAUCCAGAUGUGGAUGAGCUAGAUGACCUAGAUGAGCUACAUGAGCUGUCUUUGGUUUCACCCCUAGCGCUAGCUGUCGAGACUGGAUGUUUCAAAAUUACCCAACUUUUGCUUGAGGCAAAUUUGGAUGUUGGGGCUGCUGAUUGCAGUGGAAAAUUAACUCUUCUUGAGCGUGCCGUGAAGAAAACCAAUGUGGAUUUGUGCGGAGCGUUGAUAGCUCAUGGUGCCAAGGUAGACAGACCUUGGGAUUGUGAGGGACAGAGCUCGUCCGCUCUCCUUAUUGCCCUGGAAAUGAACAGCCUUGAAAUCGUCAACUUGUUGAUCAACUGUGGAGCACGACUGAAUGAUGUCUACAGCAGAGCCCCUGGAACUGUGCUUGGUGCCGCCAUUGAAAAAGGAGACCGAGCACUGCUUCGUAUGCUGCAGCGUGCUGGAGCGUCGGUGUUGCCCCCAAAGCUACGCCGCAUCGGAAACAUGGAGACUGCAAUAUAUCUGCAGCAAAGUGGAAUAUUGCAAGGUAUUUUGCAGAUAUGCGGACGCACUAUUCUGACGGCCGCAAUAUUAGCCAAAGACAAUGAACUAGUGCAGUACCUGCUUGACGAUGACAUCAACAUCAACAUCCUAGCUACGGCUGCAGAUAUUGACCAUUCUGAGCCCGAGCAAACACCGCUGGGGGCAGCAAUCCAGACAGGCAAUUCCUUUGUUGCUGAGGCUAUCCUUCAACGGGACGCCAGGGUUACUGACAGUGACCUCAGUCAUGCAGUCGCUGCUAGUAUUUCUGACGACAACGGUACUCAACUCUUGGAGCGCUUACUGACAGGCUUCGUUGGAAAGGCUCCUACGGCAGUUGGUAAUACGAUACUGAACGGGAGACGCGACCUCCUGCAACUCAUUCUAAAGGCAGGCGUGGACCCCACAGGAGCGCCACAGCUGUUUGAGGACGUUUGGAAUCUGGAUGAAUUUGAUCUGGAUACCCCUGAGUCGGUACUUGAAAUAGCUGCCGAGCAAGGCGACAGGUCGAUGCUGCAGAUUCUUCUCCAGUCUGCCCAGUGGGACCCAAGAUCAACCGGCCGUGCUUUGGCAAUUGCGGUCUUUUUCGAUCAGGUUGAUUUAGCGGAGGACCUGCUAAAUUUCGGGCCGGACGUGAAUCAAGAAAUAACGCUCUACUAUCCGGAUGAAGAGGAUGAAUAUGGAGAGGUGGUAAAAGCAAGAGUCCUCGAGGUCUUAACUCCUCUUCAGGCUGCCGUCAAAAACCAGCAGGUGGCCAUGGUGCGGAAACUAGCUGAGCAGGCCGAUAUCAACUACCUAGGCAAAGGUGAUCGUCGUCGCACGGCCUUGCAACACGCAGUCGACAUCGGAAAUAUGGAACUGGUAAAUAUGCUCCUUGCCCACGGGGCUGACAUCAACGGGGCCCCUGCUCGCUACGGAGGCGCUACUGCAUUACAGAUCGCGGCCAUUCGCGGAUACCUUGGCAUCGCCCGAAGACUGAUUGACUUAGGGGCAGAUGUCAAUGCAGCUCCUGCAAAAUUCACGGGACGCACGGCGCUGGAGGCAGCAGCGGAACAUGGUCGGAUCGAUAUGCUUCAGAUGCUUCUUAAUGGCGGGGCAUCAAUUACUGGCGAUGGCAAACGGCAGUAUCAGAGAGCCUUGGAUUUUGCGGAGAGGAACGGGCAUAAUGCUGCUGCAAAGCUUUUGACGUUCUUUAAGCACCGAGCACAGUCGAGCUCUCCCUAA